UAAUAUUUAUUUUAAUUUAAAAUUAAUCAAUGUUAAAUUAUAAUUUCGAGUUAAAAAGUUUAAUAAAAUAAUUUUAUAAGAAUUAUGUGUUUUGUUAGGAAUUGGUGGUCCAUUGUUUCAGCAUUCUUCUUAUUUUCAAUUUUCACUACUGUUUCGGCUAGAUACGUUGAAGGACAUAUUAAAACACUUGAUGAUUGGGUAUUUUUGGCACGUUUUUGUUUCCUAUCAGGACGAGGUAGAUAUGAAUAUCAUAUUGAAUUUGAACGACGAUAUGGCGACCCACAAUUGCUAUUAUACUAUGAUGACGAAACACAAUGGCCGGCUAUUUACAAAACUGGAAAAACCUGUGCUCAAAAAUUGAGUGUUCUUCAUCCUCAAGACAAUCAAAUUAUGACACUUUCUGCAAAAAGUCCUCAUAAUAUAAUUUCUGGUUGUGCUUUAAGGACAUCAACAGCAGACAAGGAUACUACAUUAAAACCAAAUAUUGAAAGUCCAAUAGAUAAACCUUUUUCUGGUGAAAUAAAUGCAUCCUACUUUGAUCAAUUUUUGGAAACAUCAACCGAAUCAUAUGGAUCUGGAGAUUUUGAAUUAUUCAAUGCUAGUUUAUCGAAUUUUAGUGAUACCGAAGUUUUCAACCAAAGUCAAAGUGUAAAUUAUAUACCUUUUGGAUCGGAUUUGAAUGGUUUUCGAAAUAACCUCGAAAAUGAUACAAUUUCGAAUUUGGAAGAUGUUGAAGAACUUUUUGCUAAAGAUUUUGAAGGAAAUGGAACAAAUAUUCGAAUUAAACGUGGUUUUGGAUCAGCUGGAACAUCUUUUAUUGUAACUUGUCAUAGUUCUGGAGGGUUUUUGACAUCUCGAGAACGUUGGUGGUACAUUGCCAUUUCGAAUUGUGGCAGCAAGAACGGUAUUGAUGUUAAGUACAAAUUUCGGAUGACAAACGGUCCACCGGGAGACUUUUGGCAUGAACACUUUUCAGCUGAUGAAAUGUAUAUACCUCCAAUUCUUCUUGCAGAAGCACUGGUUUAUGUAUUCCUCCUGCUGGCCAUUGCAAUUUGUGCAAUCGAAUUGAAGAACCGUCACCUAUUUCAUUGUACUUAUCGUCUAUUUGCAAUGAGUGCAAGCUUUCAAUUCUUUGGAGUGUUGUUUCUCGGUGUUUCCUGGUCAAGGUAUGCAGUAUAUGGUGUCGGUCCUUAUACCGGCUUGGGAACGGUCCUUCUAGCUGCGGCAGAAAUUGUGUUUCUUGUUUUGUUACUGCUUAUGGCAAAGGGUUAUACUAUUACUAGAGCUCGAAUUUCAACUUGUUCCACGAUAAAGAUGACCCUUUUCAUUAAUCUUUACAUCGUGUUUUACAUGUCCUUGUUUAUAUAUCGGGAGGAAGUCUUCGAUCCUGGUGAAGUUUUGAAUUUGUACGAAUCACCUGGAGGUUUGGGAAUUGCCCUUCUUCGAUGUGGAUCAUGGGGUGCAUUCCUAGUGUCGAUCAUCAAUACGACAAGGAAGUUUCCCGAGAAGUCAGUAUUCUACUAUCCAUUUGCAGUUCUUGGAUCCAUGUGGAUCCUGGGUGGGCCCAUAUUGACAUUCAUCGGUAUUGUUUUCUUCGAUCCAUGGGUUCGUGAAAGUGUCAUGUGUGCUGUUUUCACUAUUCUCAGCAUUUCUGGACAUGCAUCAUUUCUAUGGCUAACUUGGCCAUCAAGAGCGAAUAUAAGUUUCCCCUAUCAUGUACGAACUAAUCAUGUUGGUGUAAUGGCUGCCUCAGAUGAUGGUGCCGAUUAUCCAAGACAUGUUUAUGAACCAAGUCAAGAUACAAAUGCACAAAGUAUUAUAAUACCACUCUCAAGACGUACAGAAGAAUUACUCAAUGGUGUUUAUAGUCAAUAUUUAUGCGAACGACAAUGUUAUAAUUCAGCAUCGACUCCAUUGAGUCAUAUAUCAUUUCCAAAUGGACAGAAUCUUAAUCAAACAUUUGUUCAAAAUAAUCAUAAUAUUCAACAAGUUACAGGUAGAAAAUCACCAGAAGAACAACAUGAUUCGGGACAUCCAUCUUUGGAAGAUAUUCCUAGUAGUUCUUCAAGUGGAAAGUCUAAUGAUGAUAGGAAUAAGCUGCCGGAACCAUCAGCACCACCUGUUUCGGAUAAUUCAAAAACAUCAUCGGCUAAUUCGAGUGCAUCGAAACGUAAUCCUUUUGUUAUAAAUUCAGCUGCUGCAACCAAACCGAAUAAGAUUAUAUUGGAUCCAAUUAAUCCGCCUGUACAAACGAAUCGAUUGAGUGAUGUUCCGGCACAUUUGUUUGCUGCACGAAAAAAUUAAAAAAAAAAGUUAAACUGAAAUGUUUAUUAUUUAUUAUUCAUAUAACAACAAAAACUCAUUUAAUAA